UCUGAGCCAAGAUUAGCAUUAUGGAGAAUGGGAAUUUGUCAAAGGCAUAUCCAAUGAAUGGUGGACAUGGCCUUCAUAGCUAUGCUAAUAACUCCAGUAGCCAGAGAGGAGCAGUAGAUUCAGUAAAGGAACUUAUCAAAGAGGCAAUUAUUGAAAAGCUUGAUAUCAAAAUUAAUUCUGCAUCAAACAAUACUUUUCAAAUCACAGACAUGGGUUGCUCUACAGGGCCUAACACAUUUGUUGCAGUUCAAAACAUAAUUGAAGCUAUAGAGAUUAAGUAUGAGACAUUGGAAGGCGUACAAGUAGAGUUCCAAGUUUUCCUGAAUGAUCAUUCUUCCAAUGAUUUCAACACUCUCUUCUCUUCUCUUCCUACCAACAGGCAAUACUAUGCCAUUGGAGUGCCAGGUUCCUUCCACGGCCGCUUAUUUCCUAAUGCCUCACUUCACAUUGUCCAUUCUUCCUAUGCUCUUCAAUGGCUUUCUCAAGUGCCAAAAGAGAUAGUGGACAAAAGCUCUCCUGCUUGGAAUAAAGGGAGGAUUCACUAUUCCGAUUCAGGAGAUCAAACUGUGAAGGCCUUCAAAGACCAGUUUGACAGAGACAUGGAUUGCUUUCUUGAUUUUAGGGCAAAAGAAGUAAUUGCCGGCGGGUUAGUUAUACUUACAUUUCCAGGGCGGUUGGGUGGAAUUCCUCAUUCUCAAGUUUUCUCCAAUGUGGCAUAUGAUCUUUUGGGUUCUUGCCUCAUGGACUUGGCUAAUAAGGGAAUCAUAAGUAAAGAAAAAGUGGAUUCCUUCAACAUUCCAAUAUAUUUUCCCUCUGCAGAAGAAUUAGAAGAAGGUAUAGAACGCAAUGGAUGUUUCAAUGUAGAAAGAUCAGUGAGCAUACCCUUAAAGAAGACCCAAGACAGUAUUCUAACAAAAGCAAGAAUGAUAUCAUCUCAUACCAGGGCAGGCUUAGAGCCACUUCUUAAGGACCAAUUUGGACAAGACAUCAUGGAUGAGCUCUUUGACUCUUUUGUUAUGAAAAUCCAAAACUCUACAGUUUUUCAAUUUGGGGUAGCUUGUAAUUUGUUUUUACUAAUUAAA